CACGCAUUAGAAAUCGUACUAAGUUGUGGGAAGUCGUAUUUCUUUGCGGUCACUUUCACUGUUCAAGUUUAUUAGGGUUAUUCGCCAGUGUCAUAUUCUUCCUAGUUUUAUUUAAGGUGGUUUAUUCAACGAGUGUCAACAGAAAUGUGUACAAUGGCCCAUUCUGACCCCUCAGCCUCAAGUGUAGUGGAUGGAGGACUGUCAGAUGAGUUUGCGGUCCCCUCUCAUGUGGAAGACGUCAAGAAACUCAUGGCUGAGUUUGCAGAACGUCAUGGAUCAGCCGGUCGCAGAGUAGUUCUGAUCACCUCAGGAGGCACCAAAGUCCCUCUGGAAUCCCGAACAGUACGUUUUCUGGACAACUUCAGCAGUGGUCGACGUGGGGCAUCCUCUGCUGAGUAUUUUCUUUACUCUGGCUAUGCAGUGAUCUUUCUGCAUAGGCAUCGGUCUCUCUAUCCAUACUCUCGACUGUACACAGGUCUCAAUUUACUGGACAGCCUAAGAUUAGAGACUGAUAAGGACACUAGUCAGGUUCUGGUGGAUCAGAAGGCACUUCCAAAUAUUGCAACUGUUCUAAAAUGCUAUCAGGCAGUUAAGGCAGCCGGAUUACUGUUGCCAGUGGAAUUCAACACCUUAUCAGAGUACCUUCAUCUUCUCAAGGCUGCAGCACAAGCAUUAAGCUCCAUAGGGUCCAAGGCUAUGUUUUAUUUGGCUGCUGCGGUCUCUGAUUUCUACAUCCCAGCGUCUGAAAUGCCAGAACACAAAAUUCAAUCGUCUAAUGGACCACUUCAGAUAAGUAUGAAAAUGGUUCCCAAGAUGCUAAACCCAUUGGUGAAGGACUGGGCACCUCAAGCAUUUGUUAUAUCUUUCAAGCUAGAAACAGACCCAUCGAUCCUUUUGGAGCGAGCACGUCGUGCCUUAGACAUUUACAACCACCAGGCAGUGGUUGCGAAUGUGCUGGACACGCGGCGUGGUUAUGUGGUUGUUGUCACCAAGGACACGCAACAUGAGUUGGUUCUUACAGAUGAGGAAGUGCAGAAAGAUGUUGAGAUUGAGGAACGGAUUGUGAGCAAUCUGACCAAAGCACACAGUCAAUUUAUGUCUCAAGUAUGAAACAUUUUGCUGUGGUUUCUUGGCAUCUGGGCUCAAGCUGUUUUUGAGGCAGAUCUAGGAUCAGAUUGUUUUGAUGUUUGUAAUCUGAGCUGUGGUUCAGAUUUGGACAGUGAGAGUCUGUUGCCAUCUCUGAUAUGCAAGUCCACAAGUUCAGAAUGCUUUCCGCUGUGAAAUAUGGAUGUAUGCUUGGAUGGGUUUAAGCUAUCAUUAUAAACAUGCCUUCUAGAUAAUCUUAAUAUCAUAAAUCAGACGUUGAGUCGGUCUGCAACAAAUCACACAGUGGGCCUUAUUCAUGAAACAUGAGCAAAACAAAUUUGUAAGUAAAUAGUUUGUAAAACCAUUCUUGCAUAAAUUACAGCAUUCAGUUCAAUGUAGCAGUUUAUGCAAGAAUGGGUUUAUGAAUGAUAUACACAGAAAUGUGUUCUGCUUGUAAAUAAGGGCCAAUGCUUUUAGUUAGUACGCAAGUGAAGGUAGUAUAUAUAAACUGUUUUUCCAAUAAACACAAUAUUCAAUGUUUUCUUGUCC